AUGGAGUGGGCGUCGCCGCCGGUCCCGCUCCCUCUCCUCGCGAAUCCCAAGGCGUACGCCGCCGUCCUGGCGCUGAGAUGCGAAUCCGACGACCCAGCGCAUCUGACGGAGAAGGAGAGUGCGUUGAUCAGCUCUUUCCGCGAGAGAAUCCCGCUAUGGAGGCAGCAGGCAGAGAGCGACGCGUCAGUGGACAACGCAACAGAGAGGGCCGCCAAAUUCGAAGACAGGCUGGCAUCCAUGUUGGACGAUUUCAAUAACGACCCCGAGAGCCAUGGCGGGCCCCCAGAUGUCAUGCUGCUGUACCGGCUGAGAGACAUCUGUUUGCGGGAGCUAGGCUUUGAAGACAUUUACAGACACGCCAAGGGCGAGUCAACGCGCAUGGCCCUACAGCAGCUACUAGCCGUCCUUGCAGCGAUGGAUGACAACAGCGAUCACGUCACCCGCUCCGAAGCCCUCAUCCGGGGCAUGCUGGCCGGCAAUCUGGCCGCUCUGGACGGCGCGGACCCCUCAGUUGGGACAGCAGACUUUUUGUCUGUUUCUGACAGUCUGCCGGCCAAACCAUGGGCAGCAGAUGACAUGGGGGCGGCGGUGCAGGCAUGGAGCAACCAAGGGGAGGGCAAGUGGAGCAAGGCUGUGGUGUUGUGUGCAGGGGCGGGCAGGGAGACGGUACUGGGGUUGCUGCCAGCAGUGAGGGACUUGACUAGACGAGGCGUGAAGGUGCUUCUGGUGGUGCCAGACAUGCCUUCAGGUGCUGCCAUCACACACGAGGACCUGAUGAAUCUCCUGAAGCAGGUGCAAGCAGCAGCACCGGAGGAUGACAUCAGCACGGCCAUCAGCAAUGGUCGCAUCCUUGUCCUCAACUCCGGAUCCGACCUUCAGGCGCUUGACCUAUCUGCUGUUUCACCUGAGCUCGCCUAUGCCGCAUCGGAUGCAGAUGUCAUCAUUUUGUACGGCCAGGUGUGUAAGGAUCAGGGUUCAAGUGCCCCUCACUUCGGGUUGCAUUGGUGCAACAACAGGUAG